AGCUAGUGACGGGGAGGAUCAGUCCACGGCUUGUGGGUAUAUAAGUCUGGAGCCCACACACGCGCAUGGUGCAGACAGUGGAUAGCGCGUUAGAAUUUUUUGGACUUUAUCAACAAGUAGUUUUCAACUUUCGACAUUUGAAAAGCAGUUUCAAAAUUUCAAGAUUUUUUAGACAUUAAGAGCUUCCCGUUGAACAUGCGCUCGUGCAACCAUUUCUCCCUCCAUGCCUUGUGUGCCCAGCUCAUUCAGGUCGUUUUGGUCGUGUCUUUUCUUCUCUGCUCCACGUCUGCAGGGUCCAGUGAUUCGAUCGUCAAGUCUUCAUCUGCAUCCAAUAGCCGACAUAAGCGGGCCCCAGGGUGGGGCAAGAGGACCAGUCCAGGGGACGAGUAUUUGGAUGAGCCUGACCACUCCCAGGAGGUGUUUGAACUCAGUGCAGACAUGAAGAGGGCCCCGGGGUGGGGCAAGAGGAGCAGUACAGCCGUCGAUGGCGAGGCGUCGGCUGAGAAAAGGGCCCCGGGCUGGGGCAAGCGGGGCCAGGAGGUGGACAUGGACGACGAUAGCAUGGACCAAGAUAAGAGGGCGCCAGGCUGGGGCAAGCGUGCCCCCGGAUGGGGAAAGCGUGCACCCGGAUGGGGAAAACGUGCCCCCGGAUGGGGCAAACGUGCCCCCGGAUGGGGCAAAAGAUCUUCAGACAGUCAGACACUAGAACGUGUCCUGGAUGAGUAUCUGGCCAGAGAACUGGAGUCAUCAAUGAGUCGGAGGAGCAGUACAGCCGUCGAUGGCGAGGCGUCGGCUGAGAAAAGGGCCCCGGGCUGGGGCAAGCGGGGCCAGGAGGUGGACGUGGACGACGAUAGCAUGGACCAAGAUAAGAGGGCGCCAGGCUGGGGCAAGCGUGCCCCCGGAUGGGGAAAACGUGCACCCGGAUGGGGAAAACGUGCACCCGGAUGGGGCAAAAGAUCUUCAGAAAGCCAGACUCUGGAAAAUGCUUUACAGGACUACCUGUCUAGACAACUCGAGAGCUGACCGUCACGGAGAAACCAGACGUGACAGCAAACGCCGUGACGCUGGCGUGACACAGCGUGACACAGUGUGACACAAUGUGCUCUAUGUUUUUGUUCUGAACCACUGCAUGCGUCAAAUAAAGAUUGGAAACUUU